UCUAGCAGCGGACCCAACAACUGACGAGCAUCACUCCACAGCCGACCAUAGCAGAGAGCAACAGCACGUCGUGUCUCUAUCCGAGGCCGGAUGGUAAAAUCCAACCUCCAGCGGAUCCUAAACAGUCAUUGCUUUGCUCGCGAAAAAGAAGGAAAACAGACUUUUGCUGCCAUGGCUGAUUUAAGUAGUAGUAUCUGUGACAUGAUUGGCAACCUGGCCCUGCACUGUAGUAGUACCCGCAGCCCGGGGCCUCUGUGGUGCUCCGAUGCCCCUCUCCCACCCCUGAAGAUCCCAGGUGGGCGAGGGAAUGGCGCACGGGAUCACACUCCUUCAGCUCUGCCACUCUACUCGGACAGGAAAUUAACAGUGACUGAAGAGCCCGCGGGGAACGGUCGCCCGGGCAUGCUCCACUUCCAGAGUCGCCCCACUGUCACCAAGGCAGUACAGUGGGAUGCUGUGCUGAGCAGCAAUGCGCUCUACGUGGAGAUACCCCAAGACCCUCUUCCCGAGGGCAGCAAGGAGAGUUUGGCAGCUCUCCUGGAGUACGCUGAAGAACAUCUGAAAGUCGACAGCGUGUUUGUCUGCUUUUACAAGAACAGAGAGGAACGUGCCAAGCUAGUGCGUACGUUCAGUUUCCUGGGCUUUGAGAUUGUGAAACCGGGCCAUGCCCUCGUCCCACCUCGUCCUGACGUUCUCUUCAUGGCCUACACCUUCGACAGGGACUCUUCGGACGAGGACUAGUUCCCCGGACGACUCCCCCACCCCUGUGCUCGACCCAACUCCGUUUAGCCCCUCCUUCUCCCCAAGUAGAUUUAGUUUCCACCACCACGUCGUUUGCCCCCUCCCGUGCUUUAAAUCUUGUUACCUCUGCAUCCUCCCCCACCUCCCAUUUGAUUCUAUAGGUUUACAUUAUAUAUCGUAAUUUUAGUAGAGAACAAAAAAAAGGUUUUAAUCAAGUCUCCUUUAUGUAAUCCAGAUGCUAACGAGCAUACCUUUUUGUUCUCCCACCCAGAUGAUAGUUAGAGGUGCAUUUAGAUUCCACCCUGUCUUAUCUGUAUAUCUUUAUUAAACUACCAUCAUAUAAGGUUCAUGGGUAGGUCAGUGUUGUUUUAAGAAGAAGAAACCGCAGGAUUUUUUGUUUCUCGUUUGGAUUUUUGGAUGAGCGUGUUGCAAUUGCAAACUUGUUUUUGUUAAAUUCUUAGCAUUUUUUUUUAUCUGUAUGGUUCCCCUGGUCAUUGACUGAGA